CCUGCAAUCCACGGCCAUCAAGCAGUAUCGACGAGUCAUCGCGUGAACUUGGCGCCUUUAUCUCUGCAAUUUUAUUCUCCUCUUGCAUCUUACAGCGAUACUCAUCGCUCAUCUCGGGGCGCCUCCGGCCUCGGUCUGGUCAGUGCUUCCUCAGCUGCGACCAGCAAGUCCGAACACGCCUGUGUCUCUCCCCCGUCAGCCCCCGUCAUGACCAAGAAGAAGCGUCAUCAUCCCGAUGUCGAAGAGGUCCUCGCGCGACCAUGGUGCUACUACUGCGAGCGCGACUUCGACGAUCUCAAGAUUCUGAUCAACCAUCAGAAAGCGAAGCAUUUCAAAUGCGAAAGAUGUGGCCGAAGAUUAAACACCGCAGGGGGCCUCAGUGUCCACAUGAGUCAAGUCCACAAGGAGAACCUCACUGCCGUCGACAACGCCCUCCCUAACCGGGCGGGCUUGGAUAUCGAAAUAUUCGGCAUGGAGGGAAUCCCCGAAGACAUUAUCCAACAACAUAAUCAGCGAGUCCUGACCAACUUCCAUCAAGCUCAAGCUGAUCGGCAGGCAGCUACUGGUAAUAACGCUCAAAGUGCUCAGCAUCCAAACGCCCCAAAGAAACCCAAGAUCGAGUCUGUCUCCGAUAUCAAGAAACGCCUGGCAGAGCACAAAGCUGCCAAACUGGCUGCUGAGCAAGGCGACGGAGGGAGCAGUGGAGCGGCCACUCCCAACCCCCCUCCGGCCACUAUGGUUCAAGCUCCGCCUCAGGUAAACACGGCCGCAUCUCCAACCUAUCCCGGAUUUCCUCAGCCCUAUGUAGCGCCACCUACGAAUGGUUCGUUCAGUCAGUCCCCUUCUUUCGCCCAGCCCCCAGCCGCUUUAUCUGCUCCGUAUCAGGCGUCGCCGAUCUAUCCUUCUGCCGCGUCUCCGCCUGCUGUCGAAGGCUACGGCCAGCAUUCGGCAACUCCACAGCCUGGGCAACCAGGAUACGGCCAGAUGCCAUAUCCCCAACCGCCAUACGCCCAACCCCCCCAGCCGUCCUUUCAGCCGCCGCAACCGUCACCAGUGGGGUAUCCCCAGCCGAGUUAUUCACCUCCGCAAUAUCAAUCUCCCUAUCCAGGUCAACCCUACCCUGGCCAGCCCGCUGGACCUCCACGUCCAUUUGCGUCGGGCUCUCCAGUUCCAGGGUAUCCGCAACCGCCCCCAGCUCUCGCACAACGCUCUCAUUCGCCUGCUACAAACGGUAAUUUUCCUGCACCAGUGCGUACUGGCAGUGUAAGUCUACCUAGUGCUCCAGGAUUACCACAGAGGCCGGCUUUCGGUGCUCCGCCAGUCAAUGCUUUCCAAUUUCAACAAAUGCAUCAAGGUCAGAUCCCUGCUCCACAAUCCCAUAACAUUGUGCCGCAGUAUGCUCCUGGACAAGCUUCAGCAAGCACAAGUACGCAAGUCCCGCCACAGAUUCCUGUACCGAACCAGGCCGCUGCUGUUGAAGCUCAAGACGCGUCGUCCCUUGAUGACCUGAUCGCAAAUGCUUCUAAGCAAGCUGACGUCGAUGCCGCUGCCGCCGCAGAGGCUGCCACCAAACCCGGAGUUCCAGCAGCCGCCACUGCUCCGGCCACCACCAAAGACGAAGCCGGCGAAGACAAAGCUGGACCGAAGAAAGACAAGGAGAAGGAGAAACCAAAAGCAACCAGGUUGGUCUACUCUGAUAACGAGACAAGUCCUGAAGAGAAGAUGGCUAUGUUGCCAAAGUACGCAUUUACUCCUGCACAGAAAACAAUUGUGGUCUGAGAGGGACUGUUCGAUCUAUUUGCGCCGAGCAUCCGUGGGUAGCGACACGCCGCCCGGGAUACCCCAUCAAAAACUAUUUCGUCUGGGUGACUGGGAUUCGGAGCAAGCUUUUCCAGCUAGGUCUGGCAGUUGGCGUCCAGCUCAUACUUCACAUUAUUCUUUCGUUUUCCCUCGCCAAAACAUUGGCGACAAGCCCGAGACUGGAUGGUACAAGCAGAUUCGGCGUCUUUUGGUGAGUGCAAAAAGGGGCAAAUCAGCAUCCAAUUGAUGGCGGGUGAGGUGGAGGACCACUGACUCGGACUUUUCAAUAUAUUUUCACCUUACACGGGUACAGCGGGUGGCUGUUCGGACACCAACCAUGACAUGCGGCUUGACACUAUUCCACUGAUCAAGCUGGAAAGAAACACGAAGGAAAAGGCGUUGAAUUCGCACGGCUUUUGUCUGACGGGGAAGGCAGCAUUUUAGCAUAUUCUCGAUACCAAGGCUGCUUGCUUGUAAGUGCAAGACAGGUUGGUGUCUUCCCUCAGUUAUCUUUCAAAUACCAGUGUUGUUGACCACAACUCGUUGUGUGAUUUCUCAUCCAGCGUUUGCGGGGGAUUCCCUGCUCUGCUGCUACUAUGUGAACGCUCGAAACGCGCCAUGCUAUUUGUUGGG